AACCUUCCUUGACUGGCUGGGCUUGUUAGUGCUCACGCCCAUACCUGUUCACUAGCACAGGGAAUAAGACACCUGUCAGAGAAAUACUUUUCCUCUGCUCAUACUCAGGGACACACUGAUCACAAACUCUCAAUUAAACGGUGUGGACUUUUCUCUGCUGGAUAAAAAGUAAACGCAGGUGGCCUGUCAAGAUAACAGAACAAAGACGAGAGAGAAACAUCUAGAACAAGCAUGUCAAAAGAGGAGGGAAAAGCAUCUGUGUUCCGUACCACCAAAGUGAGGACCAGGCUGAGGGAUGACAGCAGCUGGCUGCAGCAGCGCCAAGAUGCUCAGGCUGAAACCGAGGAAGAGAAACCAUGGUUAGCAGAAGUAAGGGCCAGGCGUUUGAAUGGAGACAUUGUUGACACCAGUCCAGUGUCGUCACCAACAACAUCCACUCCGCCACCCACCAAGACUGAUGGUGAAAGAGCAUCCUCACCAGGGUUCCUGAUCAGAGGUGUUUUCACUAAACUAGACAAGCCUGCUUCACCUGUAACAACUAACGGCGUUAGUGCUACGACGACACAAUUCACCCAUAAACCUUCAGAGAGCUACAAGAAAAUAGCCCCGUACACUGUGAGGGCCACUCCAGAGAACCAGGAGGAUAAGCUUAGCAACGAGGAGCUGGAAAAACGGACGGAGGCAGCCGGCAAUGUACUGAAGCAAUCUGCUGUCAGGCAACGAUCUUAUGUGCUCUCUGCUGCUAAGAAAUUUGAGUCUCAAGAAACGACGUCUGACACCUCAUUGGUCAACAGCAGUCCAUCAUUUGUGGCUAAAAGGGUGGAGAUUUCUGAUGAAGGUGAGAGCGCUGCUACUCCAGCACCUGCCAGCACCACACCCCCCUCCCCUGUUGUCCCCGUCACAUCUGCUGCCUCCGCACCUGAGCCCAAAGCACAGAAAAUAGUCGACACCAGCGUUAAGACAGCUGUUGAUGCCCCUAUUAAUAAGCCGGUGGCACCAAAGGUGGAGAACGCCGCCCCAGAGCCUGUGAAGAAAGACCCCCCUCCAGUGUCUGUUGCAGUGAAAGACCCAGUUGAAAGCCUGAAGCCAAAACCCAAGGAUUCAUACGUCUCUGGACUGGUUAACACACCUCUGGUCAAACUCACCUCAGCAUCACCAACCCCAAUAUCACCCACUCCAGCAUCCCCUGCCCCGGCCUCAACCGUCCCACCUCCACCUGCCCCAGUGCCUGCUGUAACAGGGGUCUCAGUGAAGGCUGAACCAGAAAUAGCACCACAACUGUCUCCAAAGCCACGAAUCAACACCAGCAUUAAGACAGCUGUUGAUGCCACUAUUAAUAAGCCGGUGGCACCAAAGGUGGAGAACGCCGCCCCAGAGCCUGUGAAGAAAGACCCCCCUCCAGUGUCUGUUGCAGUGAAAGACCCAGUUGAAAGCCUGAAGCCAAAACCCAAGGAUUCAGACGUCUCUGGACUGGUUAACACACCUCUGGUCAAACUCACCUCAGCAUCACCAACCCCAAUAUCACCCACUCCAGUAUCCCCUGCCCCGGCCUCAACCGUCCCACCUCCACCUGCCCCAGUGCCUGCUGUAACAGGGAUCUCAGUGAAGGCUGAACCAGAAAUAACACCACAACUGUCUCCAAAGCCACGAGUCGACACCAGCGUUAAGACAGCUGUUGAUGCCCCUAUUAAUCAGCCGGUGGCACCAAAGGUGGAGAACAACGCCCCAGAGCCUGUGAAGAAAGCCCCCCCUCCAGUGUCUGUUGUAGUGAAAGACCCAGUUGAAAGCCUGAAGCCAAAACCCAAGGAUUCAGACGUCUCUGGACUGGUUAACACACCUCUGGUUAAACUCACCUCAGCAUCACCAACCCCAAUAUCACCCACUCCAGCAUCCCCUGCCCCGGCCUCAACCGUCCCACCUCCACCUGCCCCAGUGCCUGCUGUAACAGGGAUCUCAGUGAAGGCUGAACCAGAAAUAGCACCACAACUGUCUCCAAAGCCACGAGUCGACACCAGCGUUAAGACGGCUGUUGAUACCACUAUUAAUAAGCCGGUGGCACCAAAGGUGGAGAACGCCGCCCCAGAGCCUGUGAAGAAAGACCCCCCUCCAGUGUCUGUUGUAGUGAAAGACCCAGUUGAAAGCCUGAAGCCAAAACCCAAGGAUUCAGACGUCUCUGGACUGGUUAACACACCUCUGGUUAAACUCACCUCAGCAUCACCAACCCCAAUAUCACCCACUCCAGCAUCCCCUGCCCCGGCCUCAACCGUCCCACCUCCACCUGCCCCAGUGCCUGCUGUAACAGGGAUCUCAGUGAAGGCUGAACCAGAAAUAGCACCACAACUGUCUCCAAAGCCACGCUCCAAUGUUGACACGCUCACCACCUUGUCCGAUACUCUCAUUUCUUUUGGCACAAGUUCAACCAGCAGUCCAGAGAAGUCAGCCGUGCCUGUCCCCCCCAGCCCAGGACGCUGGAGUCAGGAUCUGCUUGGUGGACUAGACAGUAAGUCAACCCCAGCAAAGACCAGCAGCAGCCUGGAUCUCCUGGCUAAUGACGUCAUUCCAAUCAAAACAGAGGCCCGCAGCCUCAGCAUGCAGCGAAUGGAGAAACAGAGAGAGACAGUCAAAGAAACACAAAGCUCCACAGAGACAGUCACUGUAACCACUAAAACUGUGAUCAUUACUGACAAAAGCAAAGUAGACACCACAGAUCCAUGGAGUUCACAUGUGACGACCACAGUCACUGAAUCAAGCUCGGCUGAUCCGUUUGAUCCAUAUCCGAUAGGGACCACAUCCUCUAACAGUGCCUCUGACCUGCUCAAGCCUCUUGCUGAUAUUUCCAUCAACAGUGUGUCACCUACUUAUAUAAAGAACAAAGAUCCAAGUCCAAAAACCAAUAUUAGCAGUAAUGCGUUGGAAUCCCUUGCAGACAACGUCAUCCCUAUCAGCACUGACUCCACAAGGCCCAGCUCUCAGCGGUCAUGGGCACGCACAUGGGAAACCAGCACACCUCAGCAGGAAAACCUAGAAGACAGUGAAGAAGAUGUACCUGGCGGCCAAACUGUAGAUCAAGAGACGAUAAUCACGUUUGAGAGAAAGUCCAAGGAGAAUGACUCCCCUUGGGACAGGUGGACAUCACCCACUGUCUACACUGUCACUACCAUUAGAGGAGAGGAAGAUGAAGAGGAUGGGGAGGAGGAGCCGGAGGAAAGCCCCGAGGAUACGCAGUCAGAGACAGUCACAACCAUCACCACUAUCAGGGAGAUACACAGUAAUCCACAGCCCGCUAUGGAUCGUUAUGAAACCUAUUCCAGGACCGUGAUAGAAGAAGAAGACCGGCGUGUCCAAACACCAGAACCCGAGGCCAAAAAGGGGUUUGUGUACGUGAAGGAAUAUGUCAAUGCGACAGAGCUGUCCUUGUAUAAUGCCAGAGACGCCAUCGAUGGUGUGUCAGAUUAUCAGACAUCAAGCUUUGCCAGUUCCUCCUACAGCAGCCCUUCCUUUUACUCCAGUGGCCCGCUGUCAUCCGCCUGUACCUUCUGCGGAAAGCCAGUGGACGGGGAUGCCAAGAUCACCAUCGAGCACCUCAAUAUCAACUGCCACCCCACCUGCUUCAAGUGUGGUUUGUGUAGUAAGCCAAUGGGAGACCUUCUCGACAGUAUGUUCCUACAUGGUGGGAAAGUCCACUGCGAGUCCUGCUACAGCAAAGCCUUGGACUGAUUAUCGAAGCUCUUCAGCGGCCUCUUAUCCUCAGCUCCUUCCCUUCAUGUUCAUUUGCAUAUAAAUUGAGAACUGACAAAGUUUGGACUGUGUUUGGUUGGAACUCAAGAAUGAUGUGGAUUAGGGUGAUCAAAAAGACAGUUAUAGUGAGCAAUAUGGCUACUUAAUGUUGAUUCUUACAUUAGGUUAAAUUUCUAUGUUAUACAAGCUUGUGUUGUUGUUUUUUCCUGGUGGUGAAAGCUGUAUCUGCCUCAGUAAACUAUGAAGGAUAUGUCUGUACAACAUGAUGUGCCACAUUAACUAUGAACAGACUAAUACUGGCAAGUGGGGUGUUAUAUUUUAGUAACAGCAGUUAUGCAAGAAAAUAGUUUAUUACAAAAUGUUUACUUAUUUUGCUCAUGAUACAAAAUAGUGUGUUCACAUGUAUGAUGCUUUGUUAAAAAAAUAAAAAGACUUAUA